AACCCUAAGCCUUGAUAAUAAUACAUAUCUCUAUCUCUGUACCUUCUUUACUUUACUUUACUUUCUUUCUCUUUUUACAUGAUAUAAUGAGUACUCUUUCUGAAGCUUACAGAGACUUCCCUCUCCAUCUCCACCACAUCAUCCCUCUAGACUUCAACUCCACCAGGGCUGUGCCUGAAUCUCAUAUUUGGCCUAAGUCUGAUGAUUUGAUCUCAUCCCAUGACCAUCCUUCACUUCCUGUUAUUGACCUAAAUGAUCCCCAAGUAACGCAGCUUAUAGGCCAUGCAUGCGAGACAUGGGGUGCGUUCCAGCUCGUUAACCAUGGCAUUCCUUUGAAUCUUCUAAAAGACGCCGAGUCUGAGACACGCCGCCUCUUCUCUCUCCCAACUAGACAAAAGUUGAAGGUCUUACGUGCUCCUGGAGGAACUACUGGAUAUGGCAUCGCUCGUAUUACUCCUUUUUUCGCCAAAUAUAUGUGGCAUGAAGGGUUCACUAUCAUUGGUUCACCAUUUGAUCAUGCUAAACAACUUUGGCCUCAUGACCAUGCACAGUUUUGUGACGUCAUGGAGAACUAUCAGAAGAAAAUGAGGAUUCUAGCAGAAAGAUUAACAAAGCUGAUCUUCAAAUCACUGGAAAUAUCUGAAGAAGAGUUAAUCUGGGUUGACUCAACUACUGCUUUACAGCUCAACUCGUACCCUUCCUGCCCGGACCCAAAUCGGGCUUUGGGUCUGGCUCCACACACUGACACAUCCAUGUUAACGAUUCUACAUCAAAGUAGCAUAAGUGGCCUCCAAAUUUUCAAAGAAGGGGUUGGAUGGGUCUCGGUGAUGCCCAUUGCUGAUGCACUAGUUGUCAACGUUGGUGAUCUUCUUCACAUUCUAUCAAAUGCUCGAUGUCCUAACGUUCUUCACCGUGUCUUAGUGAGGGAGCGGCAUAGACUGUCGAUGGCUGUCUUCUACUGUCCGCCAAUGGAUUUUAAUCUUGUCCCUGUAGCUAAGUCAGGCCAAGCUCCUAAAUAUCGUUCAGUGACCGAGAAAGAAUUUAUAAGCAUAAAGGCAAAGCAUCUCGAGAAAGCACUUUCUUUUAUUAAACUUUAACAUAUAUCUUAAAUAAGAAUGUGUGAUGAAGAAAUUCCCAGUUGUUGAAUCAGCAUAGGUUGAUAAACGUCUGUAAAUUUCUAAAUUUAUGAAGAAAUUCCCAGUUGUUGAAUCAGCAUAGGACUCAGAAGUACUCAAUAUAUAGUCUUUGUUGAAGUAGUUUAUUAAUGUAUUGAUGUUGGCUGAAUAAAUGGAUAAUGACAUAGUUGUAAAUUGAGUUCAAUUAUUAGGUUUAAUUUUGGAUAUUAUAGACUGAAAGGGAAGCAUUUUUACAUACAGACAAACGUCGUUAUAAAGACAUGAUGUUCACAAAACAAGACUUUUAC